GCGCUGGGUAGUGUGGCGAGCAUGUGGUUGAGAAUUUAUUACUAGCUUCCGCUGUUUUCCUUUUCCCACUCUUCAGCAUUGCGUUUGCCGCGCCUGCAACUCCACAGGAUCAGUGUAGCGUGGGAACCAGCAAUGUCUUUCAACAGGUUUCAAACCCGGAUGGAUCGUAUGUAUACUCUCUAUCGUUGUAUUAACGAGACAUCUUGCUACAGGAGUUUCUUUCUUAGGGGUCUCCAAGUAAAGGGAUACGACAUUGCCAUUCCGCAAUCCUCGAUCGAAUCCAAUGUCCUUGAGAAGCGGGCAAUGCAUGGAACCCUCCAAGUAAUGUGGACUAUUACUCUUUCGGCUUCAAAAGACAUCAUCAUUCGCGCACUUGUCAACUUGGUCAACGACCAAAUUACCCUGUUCACGGCGAUGACAGGCAUGGGCGUCACUGUCGACAAUGUUGCUCGACUCUCUGGCAACCAAGUCGCCUUUGAAGUUGAUGCGGCAGGGAGAUGGGGCGACACUGCCGCCAGAUUUGUCUAUGAUUUUGGAGUAGGAACCGUCGUCAGCUUCAUCAGAGAAGGUGCUCGGGAUACUGGAGGAUACAAUUUGCCAGUCGACACCGAGUACUGCUACACUAGACCGGCAUAAGUUGCCGUGUAUCUCACUCGAUACGCAUUGAUUACUCGCCAUGUAUCUUCUACGCAAGUCGUUCUGCCAGGAGACCAGACCUUAUAGCACCAUAUAGGCGGAUGGUUGUAGUGCUCAGUGGAAGCAUGGGCUCAAAGCAUUAGUGUUGGUAUACACGUCAGCAGGGCAACCGUACGGUUGGAACGAAGUGUCA